AUGGGGGAGGCGCCCGUGGGCAUAGUUUUUGCCCCCGUGUGCACAUUGAAGAUGAAGAUUAUUGUACGUCCACUAAAAGAAAAAUUCAGCAAGUGGCAUGUGCAAGGUCCUAUGGACAGCAAAACCCAUCCCCUAAUAUUCGAUGAGGAAGAUCAAGUGAUGGCCAUGGACAGCGAUACGUAUGCAUAUGUUGCUUCACAAGAUGUUGAAGUGACUGUGCAUCAAAACCCAUGUGAGAACGAGAGCCACAUAGCCCAAUUGAGAGAGAGUGAAAACAAAAGUGAGUUGUGUGAUUCCACCCACUGUGACGUUGAGAGUAUCAACAAUGCGAGUGUGAGGGAUACAACAAAGAAAAAUAGAGAGUUAGAAUGCAAGUCAUGUGAGGAUAUUUUUGAAACUAACACUCUCAUUUCUACUUCUAGUGUUGUCUUUCCAAAUGUGCAGGUUUGUAAUGAGAAUAAGGAAGAGAUGGCUGCUCAUGAUGACUCCAUACUUGUUGAGAGAAGUGAGAAGGUUGCCAUUCAUCCGAACCAAUUGUGUGCUACCUAA